GAACCUUGGUUCUUCCUCACUACCACCCCCUGUUCACGUGUUCCAAUCCUAUUCCUCGAGUUCAUACAUAGUCAUCAAACAUUAGGCGUCAAACCGUAACGUAACGUUCAUCCUCUUCAACGGCAGUUAGGCACAAAGUUUCAAAAUCUUCUGCGCUAGUUACUUCUUUGUAUUGGCCAUCUCUAGCUAGCUAGUUGGCGUCUUUACCUUAAUAACCACAUGAACCAAUUCUUCUCUACCUUUCAUCACUGAUCUCCUCUCGAGCUUGAACUUUUAAUUAGCUCUUCCAGAGAAGAAGCAGCAGACUGCAGAAAGUACUUUAAUUUCCCAAAUGGGCUUUCUCAAGUAUUCCAUGUUUAGUUUUCUGUUCCUGGUUGUGAUCUUGUUCGUCGUAUCGGGCGAAGACAAUGCUCGGAUUUUGAACGAUCGACUUUCCCUCCUUUCGUUCUUUUCGGGGAUUGUUUCUGAUCCUUCAAAUGCUCUCAAGAACUGGAAUUCUUCAGCCGUUCAUCUCUGCAACUGGGCCGGAGUUGUCUGCAACACCAAUAGAGAUCAAGUUGUCGAGCUCGACCUUAGUGGGAGGUCCUUAAGAGGCACCAUCUCGCCAGCCAUUUCCAAUCUUUCUUCCUUAAAAAUUCUUGAUUUGUCCGAUAACCACUUUGAAGGCCACAUUCCGGUUGAGCUAGGCAGCCUUUCCGGGCUCCGGCAGCUCAGCUUAGCCUCCAAUCUUCUUGAAGGGAAAAUCCCUGAUGAAUUGGGAUAUCUCCAGCAACUGGUCUACCUCUCUCUGGGAAGUAACCAGCUCGCCGGAGAAAUUCCUAAGCCACUUAUCUGCAACGAGUCUUCUUUGGAGUAUCUAGACCUUUCCAAUAAUUCUCUCAGUGGUAUAAUUCCUUUGAAUGAUCAAUGUGAGCUAAGGGAAUUGAGGUACCUUCUCCUCUGGUCCAACAACCUUGUGGGUCGAGUUCCUCGAGCCCUUUCGAACUCCUCAAAGCUUGAAUGGCUGGACCUUGAAUCCAAUUCCCUUUUUGGGGAGUUACCGAGUGAGAUUGUCAGUAAAAUGCCAUGGUUACAAUUCCUUUACCUGUCCUACAAUGGCUUCCUAAGCCAUGAUGGAAAUACUAAUCUUGUACCCUUUUUUGCUUCCUUGGCCAAUUCAUCUAAGUUGCAAGAACUUGAAUUGGCUGGAAACAAUCUUGGUGGAGAGAUUCCUUCUAUUAUUGGUGAUCUCUCCACUCAUCUUGUACAGAUUAAUCUUGAUGAGAAUCUUAUCUUUGGAUUUAUCCCGCCAGAGAUUUCUAACCUAGCCAAUCUGACACUAUUGAACUUGUCUAGCAAUCUCUUGAAUGGCUCCAUCCCGGUUGAAUUCAGUCGACUGGGAAAACUGGAGAGGCUUUAUUUAUCAAACAACUCACUGUCCGGUGAGAUUCCACCGGCGAUUGGCAUUGUUCCUCAUUUGGGUCUCCUUGAUUUGUCGAAGAACAAGCUCUCCGGUUCGAUCCCCAAUAGUUUUGCCAAUCUCUCCCAGCUGAGAAGACUCUUGUUGUAUGAAAACCAGCUCUCAGGAACGAUACCACCAAGCCUAGGAAAAUGCAUUAACCUGGAGAUACUGGACCUUUCUCACAACAAAAUUUCUGGGGUGAUUCCCAGUAAAGUUGCAGGAUUAAGCAGCUUGAAGUUGUACUUAAACUUGUCUAGCAAUCACUUACAAGGGCAAAUACCUCUGGAAUUGAGCAAAAUGGACAUGGUUCUAGCCAUUGAUCUUUCAUCAAACAAUCUCUUCGGCGCAAUCCCAUCACAGCUUGGAAGCUGCAUUGCCUUAGAGCACCUCAAUCUUUCCGGUAAUAUGCUUCAAGGUCCUGUUCCUAGCUCAAUUGGCCAGUUGCCUUACCUUAAAGAAAUGGACCUAUCCUUCAACCACUUAACAGGGGAGAUUCCUCAAUCUCUGCAGGAAUCUGCAACUCUGAGACAGCUCAACCUUACUUUCAACAGUUUCUCUGGGAAUGUGUCGAAUAAGGGGGCAUUUGCCACAAUGACCAUCGCUUCUUUCCUCGGGAACCCGGGCCUCUGUGGUUCAGUUGAAGGCAUGCGAAGCUGCAGGAGGAAAACAAGUUACCAUCUUGCAGUCUUGCCAAUUCUGCUUUCAGUAAUUGGAUGUCUCAUAUUCUGCUUGUAUGGUUACCUUCUGGCACUCAAAUCAAAGUUCAGGAGGAAACUUGCCAUAUUCAGUGGUGAGGAAGAAGAUGAAGAAAAAGAAAGGAAAGAGCUCAAAUACCCGAGGAUCUCUUACCGAGAACUCAUUGAAGCCACUGGUGGCUUCAGCAGCUCUAGCCUAAUAGGGUCCGGUCGAUUUGGCCAUGUCUACAAGGGAGUUCUCAGAGACGACACGAGAAUAGCUGUGAAGGUAUUGGAUUCAAGGACAGCUGCAGAGAUUUCAGGUAGUUUCAAAAGAGAGUGCCAUGUCCUGAGGCAAACAAGGCAUAGAAACUUGAUUAGGAUCAUCACAAUCUGCAGCAGGCCUGAUUUUAAGGCACUUGUUCUUCCACUGAUGCCAAAAGGAAGCUUGGAGAACCAUCUCUACCCAAGGCACGGUUUGAGACGCGGGCUGGAUUUGGCUCAGUUGGUGAACAUCUGCAGCGAUGUGGCUGAGGGGAUGGCUUAUCUGCAUCAUCAUUCGCCUGUCAAAGUCGUGCACUGUGAUCUGAAACCGAGCAAUAUUCUCCUUGACGAGGACAUGACAGCCUUAGUAACCGAUUUUGGCAUCGCUAGACUGGUAAAAGGUGGUGAUGACAAAGCUUCUGUAAUUGAUUCAGCUUCUUUCAGCUCAACAGAUGGCUUACUUUGUGGAUCCAUUGGUUACAUUGCUCCCGAAUAUGGAAUGGGAAAGCGAGCAUCAACGCAAGGAGAUGUCUACAGUUUUGGAGUCCUUUUGUUAGAGAUCGUGACAGGGAAGCGUCCCACAGAUGUGCUUUUUCACGAGGGCUCGAGCUUGCAUGAAUGGGUGAAGAGUUACUACCCACGAGAACUUGAAAAAAUAGUUGAAGCAGCACUGGAAAGGUGUGCACCAGAUGACAAGGUUUACAACACAAAAAUAUGGCAUGAUGCGAUCAUGGAGUUGGUUGAACUUGGGUUAAUCUGCACCCAGUACAAUCCUUCGACAAGGCCAACCAUGACGGAUGUAGCCCACGAGAUGGCUCAGUUGAAGGACUAUAUUUCUAGUCCUUCCACCAUGCUCAUGGAAGAAGAAACAUGUUCCUGAGAUAUGGGGUUUCCUGAUUCAUCAUGGGAUUUGAUUGUUUUCUGCUUUUACUUCUGAUUAUUUGGUAAUAAAAGCUCGCUGAAAGUCCAAUAUUUCCGUUCAUUACAAAGUUGUUUCGUAACAUUUUGCAUCAUUUCCUUCCAUUCUGGAGCUUCAUCCCUGGUAUCUUUCCAAAAGCAAGUGUACUUUUUUCGCUCAGACUUUGUAUUAUGAUGAGUUGCAAAAGUGAAAAAGGAGCAGUUGAUUCGAAUUCUGUAGUUGCAAUCUUCUGUUUCCUUUUCCCCCCAAAAUUAAAGGGUAUGGAAGCACUUAAAACUAGUUUGUCAAAACUCAUUUCACU